UGUCGGUAAAGCAUUACCACGGAACGUGGCUAGCUGGGCUGGGAAGCUUUUGGUUGUAGGAGGCCCAGGAGCAGAGAAAAAGCGAAAACCGUCAAAACGGGUUUGAGGUAUUCCCGGAGUUCUAGAAGAAUCGCAAGUGGGCUUCCCCGAAUGGCAUGCCACGUACUCCACGCCUUACCGACAGGCACAUUCACCAUCCGUAGUUCAUGCGCCACCGCUACGAAGUUUUGCGGUUGAAGACACUUCACAAGCGACAGCAAUCUCCCCUGUAACCUCUGCCCAUGACAACGUAGUCCAGUACGAAUAAUUGGCGCUCGAAAUUUCGAAAUUCCUCAAGUAUCGAACUAACAAAAGCAAUUGAACAUAAAUGAAAUAUAGAAGACUGCGCAAAUCGGUUUUCACAGGUGUCUAUGUGAACUAACUGCUGAUUAUUCUGGAAUCCAUAUUUGUAUACGAAUUUACGAUGACAGGCUGACAUAAUAGGGAUAAUUUUUUACGAUACUUUACCUAUUUUUACUCAUGAGAAAAAUACGCAGAAAUGGCGAAUCCAGGUGGCUUCCUUGCCCAUGUUGUUAAACUCGUAACUACCAUAAUAUGUAUGGGAUAUUUUGAUGAGAAUUCAUCUGGCCUUACUCACCGAGCUUUUCAAAUUUAUUUGGUCCAUUCAAUUCUGGGCAUGUUCAGAUUUGGUAGUACCUCAGGCCUAAUAGGUACACGUGGCUUUCGCGAGUUCUAUGAACGCACAUCCAAUGUUUCGGAAGUCAUUCCUUUUGGCAUCUUCGCAACCGAAAUAUCGCGUCGUUGCAAAAUUGAUGACAUUCUCCGUCAAUCUCUUCUGCUUGUCCUAACACUUUUGCCAAUUGUCCACGAAAUUGUUCCAAAAAAAGAACGAUCAAAAAUGCGUAAACUCAUUAAUCAUUCGAUAAAUCUGCAAUUGGUCAUCAUCACGAUUGCCUGCCUGCAGAGAAGCAACUGGUGUGUUUUGAAUCUUGUAAUAUCGUAUGUGUUUAAUCGAUAUUAUGCCGAAAAUUUUUGCGACUGGUUCGAUGUGCCAUACGAUGUCCUUAUACAAUACAGCCUGAGCUUUGUCGAAAUUUUUUCACUGACAACGCUUAAUGAAUUAUAAUAUAUUCGAACAACAAUUGACUGUAUCUUCCGGCCUCAGAACUCAAAUAUACAAUUCAAAUUUUUUCAAA